AAGUACUUGAUCCAAUACUGAACAGCCAUUGACGCAUCAUUUACACCUACCAUCCCUGAGGUUCGGCUCUGUUAACCGCAUUCCUGUCCAAAACUUGUCGCGACUUCGUGAAUUGCUUUUUCUUUUCCAUUCUGCCAACUUAAUUGAUUUUACUGUUUACUUCCAAUUCAAUCAGAGACCUAUUUUGCUCAAUGCUUUCAGUUUAAUAUAAUAGAUCCGACGUUACGAAGUACCAUAUUAACUCCUUCUAACACCAAUUCGUUGUUCGUUGUUCGUCGUGAGCUCGAGCUUCCUCUCUGCUUCACUCUGUCCAUCUUACCAUUUUCAAUAUUGUUGUUCCCUUUUCUCCCCUCCGGAGCUUGUGAUAAUCUAGCUCUUCUACUCCUUAGAGCUACCCGCCUUUCAUUCUUAGUCAUAUGACGACGACAAUGCCGUCCUUUACAUGAAUUCUCUCCUCCAAUUGGAAGGAGUGCCAUCAUGCCGCCUGAAGGAGGAUCAAGUAAUAUUCGAGUAUUUAUAACCUGGGAUGACCAGACUGUUUUCGCUGGCGAGGAUAUCAAGUGCCAUAUAACUUUCAAGAAUAUCGCUCCUGGUCCGAACCAGCCGCCAUCGACCCAACAGCAACAGACACAGUAUACCCUUACCGAUCGAUCGAGACAACCGUCCCCUCUACUAAGUCCGAGAUCGAAGCCCAAUAAUGGAUUGACACCUCCCACGCCCACGAGGGGACACCGUUCUACUCUAUCCCUCACCGUUCCCUCAAACAGUUCGCGAUUAAGAGGACCACCACAACAGUGGACCCCUCCACAGCAACAACCCCCACCCCAACAACCUGGCCACGCCCACAAACGAUCUCUCUCUAUCGUGUCGAUAGGAUCGGCUGCUACGAUAGAAGAACAGUCACACGGGAAUAUAUCUCCAGCGCGACAGCAGAGGCCUGCCCGUGGCCAUGGACGGUCUGCUAGUUUGCAGAUAUCACCGAGGGGAGGGCUGAUGAACGGUCCGCAGUCAGCCGCAUUGCCGAGGCGACCCUUUGGUUCCGAAUCUUCGCCUGUAUUCAAUCACUCAUUCCCCCCGUUGAAAUAUGGCUUCAGUCGCACGUCGGGGGUUUCGACUGUGCCAAACACGCCCGGUGUUAUGGGUUCACAUCUACCUAAGAGGAGCCCGGGCAUAAUUCCAGAUUUUAAAUUUCCGUUGGCACCCUCGCCGAAGCCCCUAGAUGCCGGUUCUAUUUCGCCCACUACGCAACCGGUGGAUUACUUGACGGCACCGUUAUCAGCGCCAAGCGGAGGUGUAAGCCUCCCCUUGCGCUCAAAAGAUCCAAUACCUACCAUUACCGAACAAGCCGCCCCAGUGGCGCGGAUAUUAUCUACGACGAGCAUUGCUGGUGGAACUCCUAGGAGUAGUGGCGAGUUCUAUUCACUCAGCAACAACUCGUCUGAGACGCUGGCAUCGGAGUAUGUAACGCAACCGUUAUAUCUCGGAAGGAGACCUGCUCACAUACGGCGGCCCUCCGCUUUAUCGAAUGUCAGCAAUGCGCGGCUUCCAGAAUCGCUAAUGAUGGGCUUUGCUCAAGUUCAGGGUUCCUUCACUCUCGACGGAUCGCUUAUUAACUUGGGGCCCUUCGAGGCGGUUAAGCGAAAGGCUGUCCUAGGGGGGCAGGGAGGUGGUGUUAUUGGCAUCGAGAACUCUAGAAGGGGUAGCGGUGGACUACUAAAUGGGUUUGGUUGGAGUAGUUUGGGAAGCUCUAUCGGGGAGCUUUUGGGCGGUGGAGAGCUUAGCAGCAUUAAGCAGAUGCGAGGUGUUGUAAGCUCCAAAUCCAUCCCGCUGCUAUCGACGCCACAAUCGAUCUUGUUCGUAGAUUUACAGCUUGCUCCUGGAGAGAGCAAGACCUACGAAUAUACGUUCAAACUACCGAAAGGCCUACCCCCAACACACAGGGGGAAGGCGAUUAAGAUAUCAUAUAGCCUAGUAAUAGGUACCCAGAGGCCGGGCGGCACUAGGGAACAGCAGGUACGAUCAGUCGAGAUCCCUUUUCGCGUUCUCGGCAGUGUCAAUAGUCAUGGCGAGAUUCUUGGUCAUGAUCUACUUAACCCGUACAUUAUCCUUCGCGACUUGGCCAAAGUGCAGCCACUUGACCAAGCCCCUAUUCAUUCGAAUAAGACCAGGCCUCGGCAUCCGGAGUCAACGUACGAUGGAUUUCUCCACUAUGUCGACGAACUCCUGGAUCGGCCUCAACGAGGCCUCGGCCUUUUGUCCCCAACUGCUACGGCCCCUCAAUCUCGUCGUGCUUCCGCUUAUGAAGACUCGGCUACGGCAAAAGAUGCGAUAGACCUUGCUAUCCUUCGAUCAAACCUCUCUGAAUCUGGUCAGAGCAGCAAUCGCUUUGAAAUAGCUCGGAACGGUCGGCGCGUAGGCGUCGUGAUGCUUGCGCGCCCCGCGUACAAGCUUGGCGAGUCGGUUAGUAUGGCGAUUGACUUCACCGGAGCUGAGAUUCCUUGCUAUGCUAUACAUGCGGCCCUCGAAACCGCAGAGCGCGUCGAACCAACACUGGCUAUGCGCAGUGAGGCUAGCGUGCACAGAGUUACCCGUAAAGUAUACGGCAGCUCGAGCGAAGCGACAUUGUUCGCACGACGCUUUGUCUUCAAUCCUACGAUCCCCAUCGGCGCGACCCCCGAGUUCGUCACCAGCGGUCUGAGCCUGGAGUGGAAGAUACGAAUAGAGUUUGUCGUUCCCUCGUCAAGCAAAGACCGGGACAUAGAUUUCGCGGAGGGCGACGGCCCGCACCCUUUACUCGAAGAAAUCUCGCGUGACGACCGUGGUGGUCUCGUGCUCGUCGCCGCGGAGACACUGGAUUGCGAGAGCUUCGAAGUCGCUGUUCCACUGAGGGUCUACGGCGCUGUGUGUAAUGGCCUCGAGCGGCUGGAAAGGGACCAGUCGGAGGAAGGACUCGCGGUAUAGUGUAAUUUGCUACCUGCAUCACUUGCUAACUGCAUUGAGACGACGAAAAAUGAAAACAAAAGGCGGCACUGGGGUCAUGUCACAUGUAUAGGUACACACUACGCGCAUGUCGGCUAUCUUUCUUUCUAUCUAUCUAGGUGUCUAGUGUAUGGAUUAGAAAAAGCAGUUAAAAGCAAGGCAAGCAAGCAAGAUGAACGAAAAUAAUGAAAGGGAGCAGCGGGAUGAAGGGAGGGGAGGCAACGUAACGCAACGCAACAUGAUGAGCUGGAAAUAAUUUCAGGAAUAGCAAGGACGAGGACGAGGACGAGGAUGACACGGAGAAGAGAAGAACAAGAAAGAUGAACCGCCUAUUCUUAUACGCCUUUUGCUUUUUUUCGAAGGACACCUCUGUCCAGAUCUAGGCCUAGGUCCAGGUCCGAGUUGGAUAAAAUAGAUGUGAUGAAGUUACGCGGUAUCGAGUAGAGACGGGUACGAAAAAGAGAAGAGGAUCAACAGGAGAAGAAGGAGGAGGAGGAGGAGGAGAAGGAAGGGGGCGAGUAAAUAGGUAGGAGCGUACCUAAGGUACCUAUAGCCUAUUGUCGGUUCUGCUUGCUGAUGGAAGGUAAUCGAUAUGGAAAGCCCCCUUGUUGAAAAACUACAUGUAUUUGUAUUAUAUUAACUAU